AUCACAUGAUUCCUCUCUUGUGACAAUCGACAGAUGAGGGGGGAAGCCUGCCUGAGUUGAGCAGAGUUACAAUGCGCUUUGGUGACAGCUGAAUGUUGUUGUAGCGCCCAAGAAGCAACGAUGGAACUCAGUUAGCUGUCGGAGCAUUCCUGUGUCGACGUCGACGUUGAUGUUGUAAACUGGGCUUUGAUGUGUCGCGAGGGACAAAGUUGGCGCAUGGAGCGCGACCAACUUUCGUUUUUGACGCAACGUCGUUUUUUGUAAACCAGUGUCGUGUCGUUUUUUCUUUUCUUUUUUGUUUUUUUGCGGAGGCCGACAGCAAACUGGUGAAGUCGUGAACGCAUCUCGGCGUCCUUUCCAUAAAGUUAGGUGGCACGCCGGACAACUCUGGCUGACAUGGUGGACAACAAACCCAUUCUUCAGGACAGACCUCCCGCCUACAACACUGUCCCUGGGGCUUACGAGUAUGGCCCGCAGCAGCAGCAACAGCCGCCGCCGCACGGCUACGGGGCUAUCCCCGCCGUAGCGCCGCCGCCCUACCAGUACCCACCCGGCGGCCAUGGCCAGUUGGGAGCGGCCGUGUCCCAUCAGCCCUACGUUGGAACCUAUACGGUCAUUCAACCCUCCGUCGUGGUGGUAGGAGGAUGCCCAGCCUGCAGAGUUGGCGUUCUGGAAGACGAUUUCACCUGCCUGGGAAUCCUGUGUGCCAUCUUCUUCUUUCCACUGGGCAUCCUCUUCUGCUUCGCCCUGCGGCAGAGGCGAUGUCCCAACUGCGGCGCCACCUUUGGAUAGAUCAAGCCAACAAACGUGUCAGGCACUCAAGCACAAGGCACUAAAAGAGUGCCACUUAGGCUUUGUGGUGAAAUUUCAGGAGGAAGCUAAAAUGCGGCGUGACCUUUUCACCCUCGCAACAACGAGGCGCUCUAAGAAGCCCACGGCAGGGCUGAGGUUCUGCCUACAAUCGCAUUUUAGGUCCAUCCUUUCAUUUCAGCCCAAAGCUCAACAUCCUUAACUUUUUGUGAGCAGUGUACAUGACAAAAAUCCAGUAUUUUUAUGCCUUUUUUGUUUUCUGCCUUCCCCCCCCCACACACAAUGCUUUCGCUGACACAAAACAUGAAAAAAUGUAGACUCGGAUCAUUAUAUUUUAGAACCAGUAAUUUCUUUAUCAAUCAUGACCUGAAGCAAUAUAUAUUUUUUUUUUAGUUCAGGUUGACCUCAGUGCUGCUGACCAAGCCCAUAUUUUUGUAAGGACAACCAGGAAGGAAGGACGUAAACAAAAUGGACAGCUGCCCGCAGAGUAUUUUUUCCUAAAUUUGUUUCUGGGGGCCAUAUUUGCACUGAUGGUUGAUGAUUCUGCUCGCUUUUGCUUUUGUUUCCCUGUUGCAUCUUCAGGGCCAAAAACACCGACCUCAGGUACUUUCACCUCCAUCACUGUUUGAAAAGUGGACUCUUCAUGUUGAGAGUGCAGAAAUUAUUCAGAAAAAUGAAACAGCUGGAUUUGUCUCAGUGGCCCCUUCUUCUUCGGCAAGACAAUCAAAACAUGUCGUCGUUGUCUUCCAUCCCAGCAAAGGUGUCAUCUUCUAUAGAAAAAGAAAAAUGUCUUUUGGAAAAAAACGUAUUUGCUUUUGGAAAUAAACACUACGCAUGCUCGUUCCUAUUGUGCUUACUUUUUUUUUUUUAUAUACUAUUAUGCUAGUUUAUGAUAUUAAAAACAUGCUACC